AUGGCUCUGUCGAGACUCUGCCGGUCCCCUCUUUUCGGGAAACCCUUUGAUGGCGGGAAGAGGAUGGACCAUGGCGGCCCGCAGGAGCAGCAGCAGCAGCAUCCGACGGACCCCCAGCAGCAGCCCUACCACACGCAGCACCCGGCCAUGACGCGGCUGUACGAGGUCCAGAGAGAGGUGUCGUCCCUGGGGCCGCAGGUGUGCACCUUCGGCGGCCUCCAGAACGACCGCGAGUACAAGCGGCUGGAGCGGGAGCUGACCCGCCUGCUGCUGGAGGUGGACAAGGUGGACACGGAGGGCCGGCCGGAGCUGCAGGGCGCGCGCAAGCGCGCCGCCCAGGAGGUGGAGGGCCUGCUGCGCUACCUGGAGGAGAACGCCUCGCACCCGUCCCGCCGCGCCAUCGAGGACCUGAGCGAGCGGGCGCGGCAGCUGGUGGACGAGCGCGUGGUGGCGCCGCAGCGGUCCGGCGGCGCGGCGGAGAUCGGCGACGAGCUGGUGGACGCCCUGCAGGAGACGGUGCUGCGGCUCACCCAGGUGAAGACGGAGGGCCGCGUGCCGCUGCGCAAGGCCCGCUACCGGGCGCUGACGCGCCUGUGCGCCGUGCAGGACGUGCUGGAGGGCCGCACGCAGCAGCAGACGCUGCCGCUGCCGCUGUCCGGGGACACGCACGAGGCCGUGCACCGCAUCAACCAGAUCAUGGUGCAGGUGAGCGUGGCCCGCGGCCAGCUGGUAGCGCUGCUCAUGGGCCUGAGCGGCAGGGACAGCUGCGCCCACCUGUCCCGCAUCCUGACCGAGAUGCAGGUGGAGCUGGACGCGCUGGACGUCUCCGGGAACGCGGCCAUCCGCAACUACCGGAAGCAGGUGGUGGAGGAGAUAAACGGGCUCCUGAAACACCUGGACCUGGAGGGGGAGGGAGACGACACGCGCAGGUACGAUUUAGCCCAGAACAACUCCAUCCGGGAGAUCGAAGCCGUGCGCGCCCACGUCUCGCACCUGCGGGAGGGCGUCCUACGGCACUGCGCGGUGGGCGACCUCGGCUUCCGGCCCAAAGCCGAGCUCCAGAGCCUCCUCACCCACCUGGACCAGGUGGACACGGCCAAGAACCCGUGCAUCCGGGAGGCGCGGCGCCGCGCCGUGGUGGAGGUCCAGGCCAUCAUCACCUUCCUGGACCUGCGCGAGGCCCUGGCCCGCCGCCAGCCGGGGCCCGCCGAGCCCCCCUCCCACCGGGCCGUGUGGCUGGUCCUGGGCAGCCUGUCCGACCUCCAGGCGCAGGUGCUGGGCUUCGACGGCAAGCGAGCGGACAAGAGCUACAUGAUCUUGGAGGAGCUGCUGACCAAGCAGCUGCUGGCCCUGGACGCCGUGGACCCGCAGGGCAACGAGACCACCAAGGUGGCCAGGAAGCAGGCGGUGAAAUUCGCCCAAAACAUUCUCAACUACCUGGACAUGAAAACGGACGAGUGGGAGUACUGA